GAUGAACUGUUUCUUGUUUCGGUCGAGAUUUUCGAUGAAUUUAAUGUUUUUGGGUUUAUCGAGGAUAGUCCGUCCCGUCUCCUUGCGCCUCUAAAAGCCCACCGGAGGAGCAAGCUUUGCGGCCGGUCUUCGUCGGGACAGCCGAGAAUUUACAAGUGCCUAGUGGGAAGGUAUUAACAGUCUAGAAUGUCAAAGGACAGUACGGUCCGUUCCAUUGUUGACCAUGGGUCUUCAGCAGCUCCUGAUCCCUGCUCCUCCCAGCAAAUUAAGUUGCUCGAGUCCAACAACCCAGUUGAUUUAGCUGAAAACAUCAGAGAAUGGGAGGAAGCUAGGUGCCCCAUUUGCAUGGAGCAUCCUCACAACGCUGUCAUCUUGAAAUGUUCAUCUCAGGGAUGCCAGCCAUACAUGUGCAACACUAGCCACCACCAUUCUAAUUGUCUCGAUCAGUUCAAUAAUAGAUCACCAGUUCUGUCUCCCUCAAUAGCAUUACCUAGUAGUAUUGUUCUGUGUGGGAGUGAUUUGGACUCAAAGCUUGUCUGCCCUUUAUGUAGAGGGAAGAUACUGGGUUGGGAUGUCAGUGAGGCUGCUCGCCAGUACAUGGAUUCCAAACCAAGGAGUUGUUCCCUGGAGACUUGUAUGUUCACUGGGACUUACUCAGAAUUAACGAAGCAUGCUAGAUCUGAGCACCCACAUAUGAGGCCAUCGGAGGUGGAUCCGUCACGGCAGCAUGAUUGGACGAGGUUGGAACAGGAAACAGAUCUCGAAGAUCUCUGGAGCACCCUAGAGUCAGAUUUUAUUGAAGAUGAAAUGUAUGCUGGCCAUUUGUCUAUGACAGAAUAUUGGUUUGAGGAUGAUUGGUCAUCUUUUUUAUCCUGGCCCUUGUAUAGGGCAGAGGUUGGGAAUGCGUUCGUCUUUCAGAGCCUUGGCCAAGGCCGUAGACAGAUGCAUGCUGGCCAUUUGUUUAUGGCAGAAAAUGAAAGUCUGGACCCAAUGCUCCUGCUUGAGGUCGUUUGGUCGUUUAGUUCAUCCAGGGCCUUGUCUGCGGCAGAGAUUGUGAAAGAGCUCCUCUCGCAGAGCCUUGACCGAGGCCAUAGACAGAUGCGAAGUCGAAUGCCGGCGCAGAGGACACCGUGGGGAAGAUAUGGAUAUGAGUCCAAUGGUAGCGUGCGAAGGGCCAACUUCUCGGCCGUGAGGUGUAAUGCCCAGAGGCUUCGGCGGCGGGAUCACAGAUGGUCAGCGUCUAGCAAUAGGUGGUGAUUACUAGAACAAGGUCUUUUGAGGAUGCGGAAUUUGGCGAUUGGAACGUGACAGCGCGCUUUGAUUAGGUCUGUGAUGGUGGUACAUUGUCCUCUCGCAACAUAGAAUCAGUGCAUUGCCAUGCAUUUUUUUAUUCUCUCUUCUAAUCAUAUGGUUAGCUUACCUGGUAACUUUCCCUCAGUAUAUAUAUUGAUGUUCCAGUCUUCUUGUACCAAUUUUGCGAAUUUCUUAAUCGCUAAAUUUCAUAUUUACGAUC